AUGGAAAAUAAAAAAGCUUAUCUAAGCGAAAGAUGCGUUAUUGUAGAGGAUGCAAAAGUUAAAGUAUCUAAAGAUGAUGUUGCGCUGAUGGUAAAGGCUAAAUAUACCGAAGAUCUCGUUAGAACUGCGGAAAGAGCAUCGGAGCAGGUGUGCUCAUGGAUGGAUGAGGUGGGGCUAGAAAUAGCGCCGCACAAAACGGAGGCAGGUUGUAGUUUAUAUAAAAUAAAGUUAGCUGAUAGCCCGAGAUGUCUCUAUGGCGACUCCGAUGCUGAUACGGUGGAGCAUACCCUUUUGGAAUGUAACCGAUGGACAGCUGAACGAAGAGUUCUAUACGAAAAACUAAGAGUCCUAAAAAUUAAGAUUUCCGAUCUAGUUCCAGUGAUGAUUCGAUCCCCAGAAAAUUGCAAUAGUGUUCACACUUUUAUGGAGACACUAAUACAUGCAAAAGAGAAAGAAGCUAGACGAAGUAACUAA